GUGUUUGGAAGUGCCUCGAGCAAAAAAAAAAAAAAAAAAAAAAAAGACAAAUGUUCGAGACCCGCGACCGGUGCCCCCAGACCCGGCGGGGAGGGAGCCCAGCUCAGCAGUGAUGGGACAGUUUUCAGGAGGAUGCUACCUGAGUUUCGGCAUCCUCGUGCUUCUCGGCUCGCGAGUACCGGCCACGUUAGCGAGAGGUCCCCGAGGUGAAGCCCUGCAGCAUGGCCAGUCUGGGACGCUGCCGCACUUCCUGGAGGAGCCUGUUGAUGCUUACAUCGUUAAGAGUAACCCCAUCAAGCUCCGGUGUCAAGCUCGGCCUGCUCUUCAGAUCUUCUUCAAGUGUAACGGCGAAUGGGUCCACCAGAGUCAGCACAUGUCUCAGGAGCACACCGACCUGGGGACAGGGCUGAAGAUCCGCGAGGUGAUGAUCAACGUGUCGCGUCAGCAGGUGGAGGACUUUCACGGCCCGGAGGAUUACUGGUGCCUGUGCGUCGCCUGGAGCCACCUGGGAACCUCCAAGAGCCGCAAGGCAACUGUCCGGAUCGCCUACCUGAGGAAGAACUUUGAGCAAGACCCCCAAGGCACCGAGGUGCCUCUGAAUGGCAUGAUUGUGUUACACUGUCGUCCCCCAGAGGGAGUGCCUGUGGCUGAGGUGGAAUGGCUGAAAAAUGAAGAGCCUCUCAGCUCUGAAGGCGCCAUCGAUACGAGAGGUGACCAUAAUCUCAUCGUCUCCGAAGCUCGCCUCUCCGAUUCGGGAAACUAUACCUGCGUCGCCAGCAACAUCGUGGCCAAGAGACGCAGCGCCACGGCGACUGUUGUCGUCUACGUGAACGGAGGCUGGUCGUCGUGGACGGACUGGUCGCCCUGUAACGUCCGCUGCGGUCGCGGCGUGCAGAAACGCUCUCGCACUUGCACAAACCCGGCUCCUCUCAACGGGGGAGCCUUCUGCGAGGGCAUGUCGGUACAGAAGAGCACAUGCAACACCCUCUGUCCGGUGGAUGGCAGCUGGGGAGAGUGGAGCGAGUGGUCGCCGUGUAGUUCAGACUGCGAGAGACAGCGCAGCAGAGAGUGUACGGCGCCGGAGCCAAAACACGGAGGACGCCUGUGCGACGGGGUGGCGUUGGCUACAGACAACUGCACCGGCGGCCUCUGCACACAGAAUCGAAAGUUGCUACAUGAUGCUAAGCCGCAGGGUGUGGAGAACAGCAGUGAUGUGGCCUUGUAUUCGGGCCUUGCUGCGGGGGUGGUGACAGUGGUGCUUCUGAUCAUCGCUGUCACUCUUUACCGGAGGAGCCAGAGCGAGUACGGUGUUGAUGUCAUCGACUCCUCCGCUCUAACUGGGGGCUUCCAGUCCUUCAGCUUCAAGACCUCUCGGCAAGCAAACCCCCUGCUUAUUAAUUCAUCCAUGCAACCUGACCUGACAGUGUCGCGUACCUACACAAGCCCCAUGUGUUUCCAGGACACCAUUGACAAGGAGCUGAUGGCCGAGCGCUCAUUGCUCGACCCGUUGCCCGAUCUCAAAGUCAAAGGGGUGGCAGACAGAGCAGAGUACCAUGUCAUGUCCCACCCUCAGACGUUCCCGAGGGGCCUGGCUCCAGACUACAGAGGAGUUGCAGUGGGGACGACGCUGGGCAGAAAAAGCAAAAACCUCUUUACUCCACAAGUCUCUUUGACUCCCUGCAGGCCUCUCCACAAAGCCACUGCUGUGUUUGGUCAUGCCGGAGGGAGGCUGGUGGUACCUAACACAGGUAUCAGUCUGUUGGUGCCUCAUGGGGGGAUCGCGGAAGACACUACCUGGGAAAUGUACAUGAUCAUCAACCAGGAGGACAGCAGCACUGUGUCCGAGGAGGGGUCAGAGAUCUUUUUGAGUCCUGCCCUCAUGUAUGGCCCAGCAGGCCUUGACCUGUCCUGUCCUAUAGCCAUGACCGUAGCCCAUUGUGCGGAGGUUGCUGCUGAUAAUUGGACCAUCCGGCUAAAGAGGCAAACGCAGGACAACAAGUGGGAGGAAGUGAUGUCCGUGGAUGAGGAGAGCACGUCCUGCUACUGUCUGCUGGAGGCCCAGAGGUGCCACGUGCUGCUGCAGCAUCCGGGUCGCUACGCCCUUGUCGGGGAGCCGAUGAACCAGGAGGCAGCCAAGAGGCUGAGGCUGGCUGUGUUUGGUAGUCCGGAUACCAGCAACUCUCUGGGCUUCACCCUCAGGGUCUACUGUGUGGACGACACGCCCCAGGCAUUUCAGGAGGUGGCGGUGGGCGAGCGCAGCAGGGGCGGGCGGCUGCUGGAGGAGCCUAAAAUGAUGCUGUUCAGGGGGAACACUUUCAGCCUCCAGGUGUCCAUCCAGGACGUCCCACAGUUACUCUGGAGCAUCAAGCCUUUCACCACCUGCCAGGAGUUCUCCUUUUCUCAGGUGUGGGCCAGUAACCAGCGUCCCCUGCAGUGUGCCUUCUCUUUGGAGCGAUACAGCCACUCCUCGUCUCAGCUCUCCUGCAAGAUCAGCGUCCGACAGGUCAAAGGCGAGGAGCAGAUACUACAGGUCUACACGUCUGUGGUGGAGAAUGAAAAGGGAGUGGUUCCCUUUUUCACUCAGUCAGACUGUACCAUCACCUCUCAGACAGGGUCAAGGGCCUUUAAAAUCCCCCUGUCCAUCCGUCAGCGGAUCAGCGCCACCUUUGACACGGCUAAUGCCAAGGGGAAAGACUGGCAGCUCUUGGCUCAAAAGCUCCACAUCGACAGGAACCUGUGUUACUUUGCAUGCCAGGAGAGCCCAUCAUCAGUGAUUCUGAGCCUGUGGGAAGUCCAACACCAGGACUCAGGGGACCUGGAUUCUCUGGCCAGUGCCCUUGAGGAAAUCAGCAAGGUCCAGUCCCCGAGGACCGCCACUCUUGGCUGCAGCAGAGAAGAGCGGGACUCAGAAUUCACUCAGCUUGGUUCAUCUGGAUCAUCAGAUGCCUGGACAUCAUUUUAAUUGGAUCCACUUAGCCGACUAUCACUCCCGUUCCUCUGUCUUUUCUUCCCCCGACAGAGCCAGCAUCCACUUGAACAAAGAGCUCCCGGUCAGAAAGAUUCCUUAUUCAGUUGCUCCACCUGGCCCCUAAAACUUAAUAAAGUGACUUUGUGUUGAACUCUGUGUUGGCUCUCUCUUUUCAUCUACUUAAUGAAUUCAAUUCUUGAAAAGCCUGGCAGCCCACUUACUGUACAGCGGUGAACGUAGAUAAAUCUAAAAAAAAACUAUUCAGCAAGGAGAUGAAACAGAGAACCAUGCAAAGUCCAAUUUUCAGGAAGACGUAGAAAGAUCUCUCUUUCUGAAGCGCUCUUUAAGUUUAAGUAAUGUUGAUGUUGCACUGUGCAGCUGUUUGAACCGCACCAAGAGCCGAUGGAGGUUAAAACUAUUCAAGGGGAGUGAGUGAUGUGUGGAAGAGGCUCCUUUCAAAACGCCUGACAGUCCAUUGGUUGUGAGCCUUAACUGAUUUAAAUUAGUGGCCCGUUUAAAAGCUUGUGUUUGUUUUAGAUGUCCGAACCUUCAGACGGAGAACAGAUCCUUCAGGUUUGCUCUGCAGCCACCGAUAACAUUCUCCUUAUCGUUUAACCCUCUUCGAGCUACCCAGACCGGGUGAAACAUUGCUGCUGUGAUUCCUUCUUAGGAAGCUCUUAAAGGCGUUUUUUGACAUUUUUGGAAAUGCUGAGAGUUAGAUGAGGAGAUCAAUACCACUCUGAUAUCUACUGGAAAUAUGGAGCUACAAGCCGGCAGGUGGUUUAGCUUAGCAUUCAGAAUAGAAACGGGAGGAAACGGCUACCCUGGUUCUGUCUGAAGGUCACAAAAUCCACAUGUUGGCACCUCUGAAACCUCUGUAAAAAUAAAAAAAUGUGCAGUUUUAUCUGGAGUUAUGUGCGGGUAUGUUUCUUGGCCGGGUUCGGCCGACUUGCUCCUGUUUUCGGUCCUUGUGUCGAGCUAAACUAAGCAGACAAGCUGCGAGAGAAGAAUGCAGAUUCAAGUGUGCUCAUGCUGGCUCUACGGCGGAAAAGCAAAUUCCUGUUAAUUUGUGUAUUCAUGGAAACGUCCAACCACAGAGAUAUUAAAUAUUUCAUUUGAUAGCUGGAGUUCCCGAAAAAAUCUGUUUUCAGUGAGCCAUGACUGCCAAAUAAUCAAACCUGUCGUCGCUCGGCAAGCCUUUGUCAUUCGAUCUACACGGAUCAAAGAACACCACAUGUAAAACCGAAAAAAAAACCUAGACGAGGACGGACCGAUUCUCCUCUAUCAGCUGGAAAGGUCACUGUGUAAAAAGGUCAAAGCCUGGAAUACAUCUACACCUGGAAGAGACUCUCUCCGGCUGUCACAUGCAGAGUUAGACCACUCGUGCAAUCUUUUAUUGCCUUUGUUUAAACUCCAAAAAUUAUUUACGGCAAUGUCAAGUAACAGUUUAAAAAGGCCGAACCUUAACUAAUAAACUAAACAUCCCAGUACAGUGAAUGCUCUGCUCUUCAUGUCUGAAAGUACAUUAUAAAGUGAGUGAAGGACCCUGGGGGUGCAAAAAUAUAUAAAUCUGUCCAUGAUUUUCUCCAAUAAUUGAUUAGUUUGGUCCAUAAAAUGUCAGAAAAUAGUGAAACAUCUCCAUCACAGUUUCCAAAAGUCAAAGUUGAAACAUUCAAAUGUCUUUGUUUCAUCCAGCCAACAGUCCAGACUCUGAAGAUAGAUAGUUCAUCAUCGUAGAAGAUGAAGAAAAACAAAUCAUAAGCUGAAACUAGUGAUUUUUCUGUCAUCUUAGCUUGAUCAUGACUGAAGGCAAGCCUUAAGAUCGUCUACUGUAACCUCUUGAUGCUACUUGUAACUGUCAUUAACUCCUAAACAAGCUUUAGCAGUAGUGGAGUCCUCCUCAACUUCAAAGUUCCACAGCUGAGGCUAUAGUAGCUGAUCAACCUUGAUUUAGAGUAACUACUCCUAUAAGCACUUGUGAUUGGUUAGUUUUUGACUUGUUUUUUUAGAUGUGUGAAGUAUAAACCAAAGUAAAAUGGACUCAUUGUGAUGUCAGUGAGUCUCCAGAUGCAUAGACCCGAGUGACAAGAGCUGGUAGUGAAUGGGACCAGCUCCUUUCAUCAUAACUCUCACCUGCCAGCAUGUUUUCCAGAACCACAUUGACUGAUUUUUGGGAUCCGCAGCUUCUUUCCAGUAACACAUUCUCAAGAAUUUCCUGCUAACUUCCAGCAUGGUGACACCUGUGGGUGACCGUCUCUCCCGGAGUGCCACCUGGAAGAGCAAUCUCACCCUAUUUAAGGUCCUUGCAGAGGUGUAUGUUGGCUAAUGGAGCCAAACAUUGCUUUUCUUUGGAAGAGAUUAUGACUGCAGCUGCUCUCAAAAGAGUUGAAAGACAGGCUUUCUGAGCCAUUAUCCACAACAUAGUCCCACUGAUGUAUCAUUACUGAUGAGUGGGACCACUCUGCUGCUGAAGCACAGAAAAUGUUCUCCACAAAGGCCGUGUGUCGUAAAGAACUGCAAACUUAUUUUCAGAUGUAUCUGCACUUUGGAUGGGGGAUCAAUCAGGUCUCUUUAGAUCAUAAGAAACAGGAUACAACGCUCUAUUCCAGCCGUUUAGAGAGACCUUUUAGGGCAGGUACUGGAGUCACAAUAAAAAGCAUAGCCAGCAGAAUGCAUUAAAGCAUUAAAUGUUUGUUUGUCAGCAUCAGGCUUAAAUGAAUGAGAAAUGAAGCCAAAGAAAGGAUUUUUUUUUCUGAAGAGGGGAGAUGGGCAGGUGCUCGGGCACUGUUUCUCCAUCCUAUACAGUUGAGGAAACAUGAAAGCUGAUGGUCUGCUGAGCAACCCAGCUGCACAUAAAGAACUGGACUGUGAGACUUGAUGGAAAUGUUGCCCUGCAGAGCAGCACGAUCCAGCCAAGGCACCGUGGCACAGCAUCAGUCCAAAAUACCUUCAGUCUGCCAAUGAACAGCAGGAUUUUCUUCUUUUCACACUUCACGUACUUUUUCGUAUAAGCAGCGUUUCACCACAUUCCCUAAUUUUCAAUGAUUUCCUGUCAGGGGAAGGAGCCACACCUCACUAUGCAGAUCUAUAACAACCAGUGACAACCUUCUGAUUUAUGCCACCUCCUAAAGAUUUUAAGGACAUUUCUGGAGUGAAGAUUACUUUGGACAUAGUUUUUGGGGCUUUUUUUUUUUUUUUUAUUGGCAGGAGGACUUGGCUAGAACUGACUUUUUUUGGGCAUCAAGUUGUUAUCCUGCCAAGUCUUGCUCCAAAAACUUUUCCAAUGUGUGUCCACGUUUCUUUCAUUGGUUCAGAUUUUGUUUUUUCAUCCUGCAUCUCUCUCUCACACACACACAAACACACACAAACACACACACAGAUGUUUAUACAUGCACACGUUUGCAAAAUGAAAGAACGGUUCGCUUUAUAGUUCCACGUGUUGUGCAUCACAGAAAUCACAGUUUUCUAACUAAUUGUGCCUCUCCAUGUUUUUGGUGUCAUCAGAGAGUCUGACCGGAAUGUUUUUAUUUUUAAUUACACACCAUAUCAAAGAAACUAGUAUGUUAUAUGCAAAGCUGUAUUGUUCAUUGCCAUGCACAGCGCCCACCUUGUAUACACUGCAGAGGUGUUUCCUGAGAAUACUGAAGCAUUUAAAAACCUGUUAUCGCCGAUGCCAGGAUCUUACAGCGACAAUGAGCUGACGAAAAAUGAUUUGACAGUCAUCUGUCACCCUGAGGAUGCUCCGCGUGUCCGUCAGCGUGUCCUUUACAUAAAAACGCGAUGACUCCGAGAGUGUGUGUGUGUGUGUGUGUGUGUGUGAGUGUGAGUGCGUGAAGGAAAGUUGUGUGUAACUUUUAAAAAAGAAAAAGGAGAAAAAAAAAAAAAGCUGUAUUAUGUGUCCUUGGAAAAAUCCAGCCUACGGUCGUGCUACUAUUUCAGCUUAUUGAGAUGUGUGACGUAAUGUGUUUUUCUCACAGCCGACUAUCUUAAGAUCUGCAUUGCUUUGGAGAAAAUAGAAAACAAUGCUAACUUAAGUAAAAGUAUAUCAGCUCAUCAGAUGUGGUGAAAGUUUCAUUCAAAACUUUAUUACUUUGUUGUUUUUGGGUUCUUUCUGUUUCUCUGCUUUUCUUUUUUUUUGGGGGGGUGGACGGGAACUUUAACUGCCUUUUUAAAAUCCAAUGCUCAUUCUAUUUAUCCAAUGAAACUGCUGGAUAUGUUAAAUGAUUCUGAUUUAGUUCUUCAAAUGGUUAUGUACACAGUGUAAUGCAUUGUUUGAUUUGAACUCAUUGGAUGAAUACAUUCUCUGUACUCAAGAUUUGAUUUGUGCUAUAUGAAUGUUUAUGUUAAGAAGCUGAAAAGUGUGACAGUCAUAAUGCUUAUCACUGGUGAUGUUCCCUUAGGCGACUUCUUUUACUCUCUCUCUCUCUCUCCUGCUCUUUCAAAGAUUUGCAAUUUAUUUUGAAACUGUAUAUACUGUAUUGUGUUGAAAUAAAUAUGCAGUGAAAGCAUA